AUGAAUCUAACAUGUGUAUCAAAUAUUAUAGUUAUACAUAUCAUAUCAUUUUUGGAACCUAUUGAUAGUAUAUGUUUAACACUGACGAGUAAAUACUUUUACACCAAAAGAGAACAGUUCCUAGCCAAUGCAUUUCAACUUCACAACAAGUUUCUCAAUGCACAUGGAUGUACUCAAAAGUCUAUCUCUAAUCUAAUCGAAAUGAUCAAAAAGGAUAGAUUUAAACAAUUUAACUUAAAUUCAUUCAACGAUAGUAUCAUUAGAUCAAUUAAAAAUCAAUUACCAUCUAUUCACAAUGAAUUGAUUAUAAUGUUUAAUACUCAAGUUGACACGGCAAUCUUUAAAGAUUCAAAUGAUAUUUCAAGGGUCAUAGUUAGAUCUAUGGAUGGUGUAAAGGAUGCUAUUGAUCUAUCAUUUCUACCACCAUCCGCCACAAACUUGGUGUAUGAUUGCAAACGACCUAUUGUAGUUGGAUCGAUUCCAUCAACUAUUAAAACACUUGAAUUUGGGACAUACCAUAACAAAGAAAUCAAUGAUCCUUUACUCAUCCCAUCGUCAGUGACCGAUCUGAUUCUAUCCAACUCUAAAGUAUCACCUGGUGCCAUUCCAUCGAGUGUCACUACGUUGUCAUUCGGACCGAGAUUUACACAUCAAUUGAAACCAGAGUCAGUCCCACCUCGACUACAGGAACUAAAGUUUCUUCGCAGUCACUCUAGUAAUCCAAUGCCUAGAGAUGUGGUACCAGAUACUGUACGUGUCAUUCAAGGUAUCGGGUUGGAUGAUUUAGAUGAAUACCCACACUACCUGAGUAAACUAAUUAGUUUGACAGAUUUAGAUGAAAAAAUGAAUAAUCCAAAAGUUAAAUUCCCAUCAACAUUAAAAAGUUUAAAUGUAUUUAGAUUUGAUAUACCAAUUUAUGUUGGAUUGUUUCCAGAGAGUUUAGAAAGUUUUACAUUUAAGGAUUCUAGUUGGCUGUUGCAAAAGGAUUUGCCAGCAGAGAUACUACCUCUGUCAUGUAAAUUAAUAUCAGGUAAUAUGUUUGGUUGUUCACACAAUUUGGAAUGGAUUGCUAGAAACCAAAGAUCAUUUAGUAUUAGAUGGAAUUUCCUAAAAGAAAAGAUUGAUUUUAGAUUCAUUGCAGGUCCCAAUGAUGACACUGUCGUCUUUAUAGGUCAAAACUACUUUUUUGGAGGUAUCUCUAGUAUUUCUAAACUAAGAAAAAUUGAAAAGGAAGGUUCAAAUUUCCAUUUGUUUAACAAGAUUAUGAAAGCUCAAUUUAAUUCAAUAUUUGGAAGAGAAGAAUAUAGUGUUGAUGAUUUCUUAUAA